AUGUCAAAAGACGAAGAUAAAGGGUUCGUUUUGAACAAGCGUAGUGAAGCGCCUUCUAGCAAGCCUCAACAGCAUCGGUGUAAUGGGCAUUUAGAGGAUUUACUGGAAGGAUUGACGAAAUGGCCAAUGGAUGUGUCAAAACCGUUUAAUGUGUUUCUUGAAUGCCUUAAAUCACAACCUGGCAAUGAACCUCCACGCUAUAAACCAAGCUCAUAG